AUGGAAAAUAAAUAUGAAGAGUUCCUUGAUCGCAUGGUGAACUUUCUUCGUGAGAAUAAUCCAGAAUAUGAAGAGCCCCUUGAUGGCGCAUUAAAAACUGUUCAAGAGGAUAUUCAAGAGCUUGUAGGAGAUUUACGUAAGAGAACUUUCAUGCCACCAAGAACAUCACUACGCGAUCGUGAAGGCAUCAACAAGACUUCCCUUGUGAAUUUCAUGGACAUCUGUGAAAAUAUGCACAAGGAGCCAGAGCAUGUUAUGAAGUUCUUACUUACUCAGACGGGAAUAACUGGAUAUUUGGAUGGACAACAGAGACUUGUUGUUAGCGGAAGAUUUGAAUCCAGUAAUUUUGAAGGGAUUCUGAAAACAUAUAUCAAUGAUUAUAUUUCUUUUUUCUGA